AUGUUGUCGAGAGCAGUAAUCCGCUCCUUGCAAACAGCAGGGUUAAGAGCGCCUCCUACGACUUUCCGAAUAGCCUCGUCGACAAUAUGGACUCGGUCAAUGGCACGGAAUAACAGGACCAAUCAUGGUCAAAGAAAGCCGAUAGAUUACUCACGGCCUCCAGGAGCACCUCAGCCAUCACGACCGGAAGGGGCUGGUGCAGCAUUUACAUCACCGCAGCAAGGUGAAAGGAGUAGUGAUAAGUCAGGAAGGCCUGAUUAUUCCAAGAGCCAGGAUAAAUUCAGCAACGAUGCCAGACCAGAGCGCAACUGGCCACAGCCAGGAGAUCAGGGAGCUGCCAAAGACAAUGUGCGGAAUAGUGGUGGAGCCAAAGAGUUUUCGCCAAAGCAGGACGAGUUCAAGGCCACUGCUUCACCCUCGGAAAACACAGCUCCUCAAUCUUCCUCCCCAUCUUCCAUUGACCCUGCAGAGGCACAGUCAAAGAUUAGGUCUCUGCCAGACUUGACACAAGGCAUCCCAUCGACGUUAGAGUUCGAGACCGCUGGCGCAACUAAACCAACUGCAUCACCACUGAACUUGACUGAAGCGGAUGAGCCAGGGCAGGCACCAGGUGGGGGUAGGGGUCGCGGAGAGCUCCCAGCAUCAGCAUAUAUCUCUUCCUCAGAGCGGAAACGAUUAAAGUUUGCAAACUACAUGUACGCCAUGUUUGCAGGUCUGUCAGUCAGUGGGACAAUAUAUCUGGGCAGGAAUUGGGAAUCAGAACAGGAAGAGAAAAUGCACCCAGACGCCCCAUCGGGCUGGGCUUUGGGAUUGAUGUGGAACCGUGCAAAAGCUCGGUUGGGUGACCAGCUGAACUAUUACAAUGAGCCCGCUUUCCGAAAGCUUCUGCCAGAUCCAGAUCCAAUCUUCGAGCGGCCAUAUACCUUAAUCGUCAGCCUCGAAGACUUAUUGAUCCAUAGCGAGUGGUCGAGAGAGCAUGGGUGGAGAAUGGCAAAAAGACCCGGAGUGGAUUAUUUCUUGCGAUAUCUAAGCCAAUAUUACGAACUGGUUAUCUUCACAAGUCAGCCAUGGGCCAUUGCAGAGCCCGUCAUUCGAAAAUUGGAUCCGUACCACAUCGUCACCUGGCCCUUGUUCCGAGAGGCAACACUCUACGAGAAUGGCGAAUAUGUCAAGGAUUUAUCAUAUCUAAACCGUGACCUAUCAAAAGUAAUCAUGAUCGAUACCAAGUCGGCACACGCCAAGAAACAACCCGAAAAUGCCAUAAUACUCAAACCAUGGGAAGGCGACGUCAAGGAUACAGAACUCGUCUCCCUCAUCCCCUUCCUCGAAUACAUCCACACCAUGGCCUACACUGACGUUCGCAAAGCGAUCAAGUCGUUUGAAGGAACCCACAUUCCGACCGAGUUUGCAAAACGCGAAGCAGUGGCACGAAAGAAGUUCCAAGAGCAGUUGGACGAGGAAAAGCGGAAGAAACCCAAACACUCCGGUGUCGGUUUUUUGGGUAACGCAUUGGGUAUCAAGCAUCAAAAUAUGAUGAUGGAUCCUAACGAGCAAACACCAUCUGAAGCCUUCGCCCAGGGGAAGAUGUUGCAAGACCAAGCAAGAGAGCGAGGGCAAAGAAACUACGAGACCCUGGAGAGAGAGAUCCGAGAAAAUGGCGAGAAGUGGUUGAAGGAAGAGGCAGCACUGGAAGAGAAAGCCAAGGAAGAUGCCACCAAAGCCAUGAAGUCAGGCUUCACAGGUUGGUUUGGCGGCGGAAAAUGA